AUGAACAGCGAGUACGAUUAUUUGUUUAAACUGUUGCUGAUUGGUAACUCAGGUGUGGGUAAAUCAUGUCUGUUGUUGAGAUUCUCGGAUGACACCUAUACAAAUGACUACAUUUCUACUAUUGGUGUGGACUUUAAGAUCAAGACUGUGGAGCUGGAUGGCAAGACUGUGAAGUUGCAAAUUUGGGACACUGCUGGACAGGAGAGGUUCCGCACGAUAACAUCUUCGUACUAUCGUGGAUCACAUGGUAUCAUCAUUGUGUAUGAUGUGACCGACCAGGAGUCGUUCAAUGGGGUCAAGAUGUGGCUACAGGAGAUCGACCGUUACGCCACGUCGACCGUUUUGAAGCUGUUGGUCGGAAACAAAUGUGAUCUGGGGGAUAAGAGAGUUGUAGAGUACGACGUUGCCAAGGAGUUUGCCGAGGCCAACAACAUGCCUUUCUUGGAGACCAGUGCGUUGGACUCUACAAACGUUGAGGAGGCGUUCUUAACGAUGGCCAAGCAGAUAAAGGACAGCAUGGCAAACCGACAGAGACAUGACGGCGCCGGCGGCAACCAAAAGGAUGACAGUGGUAACGUCAACUUGAAGGGCCAGAGCUUGACCGAAAACUCGGCUGGUGGAUGUUGCUAG